AACUGGAGGUUGCUUGUUGCUCGUGCGAUUCCAUGCCGGCCUGACCCUGUUAGAAUUUUGUUCCGGCGUCUGGAUAAAGAUGGAGACGAACAGAUCACGUUCACGGAGUUUAUCCUGGGCGAUCAACAUUACAUUGAAACGCAAUCGGCCGCUUUUCAUAAACUGGAUGAGGAUGGCGACGGUGUUGUAUCACGUGGAGAGUAUGAUUCUUACUACAAGAAAUUUGAUGACGAUCGCCGACGGAGUGAUGUCGAACGCGAUCGGUUCUUUGAAAGAUUGGUGAGUUUACUUCACUUCCUUCCUCAUGUGGCGGACGUACACACUUCGAUGCACAAUGGCUUUUGUGGAUGA